CAGCAUCUGCGUGCGUGCCUGCCUGCUGCACUAACAUCUGCACCGCCGACACCACCACCUUCAGAACCACACGCAUACGCCGCUCCCUCGCUCAGUCAGACACACGCACAUACGCACACCCACCCUCUCCCCAUCUCUCUCACACUCGCAUUCACACAACAUUCCUUCCUCUCCUCUCCCUAAUUCCCUUCCCUCUUAUUCAACACACGCCAUCCCACUGCCUAUCUGCCCCGUCGAAGGCUAUCGGCCAGACCAGGCAGCUAGCUACAGGAAGCAGACUGGAACAGACGACCAUCGCCGACUGGUUUGUCCAGGCUACGAAACUAUACCCAUCGAGACGAGUCCAAGCAGAGCGGCCUGGCGACGGUACCAGAGACGACGCGACUGCUGCAGAUCCUCCAAGAUGCAGGCAUUCUAGUGCACCAAUUCCGUCUUUCUCGUCUCCUCCCAUCUGUGCGUCGCCUGUCCGCCACCCCGUCGAGUUGCGAGCCUUUCACCUGCCUGCAGCGCCUGUCGACUCCGCAAGCAAUACGCCAGUCCGAAACAUGCGAAUGCCUCCUUCCGCUCCUCCACGAGACCUGUUCUAUCCCGAAAGUUUUUCAAGACAUGCAGCUACCGCUCGCCCUGAACAUGGGAAACCCGCCCUUUCGCUGCCUUUCCCACUCAUGAAGUCUUCACCCUCACUGGAGAGGCCGACCAUUCGCUCGCUUCAUCAAGGAGGAUCUCGAUAUACUUCCCCACGAUCGCUUAUCAUGGACUGUGGCCGUACCUCUCGAAUACGGCCACUGCCUUCUUGCAGCCGUGUACUGCCUUCCCGCUCGUUCGCCGCCCUUCUCGUCCUCCUCGUCUGCCUGUUGAUACGGCCCGUAUCCGCCGUACUGAUCCCUUUCGACAACUGCCUCCCCGACAGCUACAGAAAUUUCAACCCGCUGCCUCUGCAAUGGAAUCCCGUUUACAUCGACGCUCGUUUCGAUACCGAAAACCCGGACCACUCUCUUCAGAUCAUUGUAUGGGGCAACGUGGCGGGCUCGUAUCGUGACGUGACUUUGCCGCCUCCGAAUGAUCCGCUCUGGGUCGAUCCUAACUAUACCGAUGGCAAAAUCCUUGACUUCACCAGACAAGGCAACAAAGUCACCACUCUCGCGAGCAAGGUCAAUGUCUUGACUUACGAACCUUUCAGCAAUAUAUCCAGCUUCUGUGACUACAGCCUUGUCAAUGGCUCCUGCCCCCUCAGCCCAGUCUUCAAUAACACGACCAUUGCGAUUCCGUAUGGCAACUUGCCUUCAGUAAACCUGACAGCCAAUAUGGGCUCGUCCUAUGCCUUCGCCUCGCUUGCUGCGACACUUCAGAUCAUCUAUGGAGACGAGUUAGCCACACAUAUUGGCUGUGCUUCUGCCACCGUAACCCCGGAUUUGGGCGGUAUCCACGAUCUUCUGCGUUACUUGCCACUCGUUGUGCUCCUCUUUGUCGGAUUCGCAACCAUGUUCGCCUCUGUCUUUAGCCCGUGGGGCUCGACAGACAUCUUCCACUGGACGGCCAACUAUGGACGUGAUGCCGAUUUGCUACGCUUGGUGACGCCGGGAUUCGGAGACUGUCUCCAAUACAUACAAUUCGUGGCUCUCACCGGCGGGCUGACGCUCAACUACCCAGGGUUCUAUCAACCUGUUGUCAGCCAGGUGAGUUGGUCCGCAUUGAUGUUUAACGAGAGCUUCGUGAGCAAGUCCCCAGGCUGGCAGUCGAUUCAAGAUGGCAUCUACGUCACCAACGGCUCUUAUGGACUGCACCGCUACGCACAGAUGGUGGGCAUGGCCGAUGUCGAGGAUAUCUGGGCUGGCACCAUGGUUUGGGUUUGCGUCAUCGUCGCUGCCCUAUUCGUCCUGAUCCAAAUCGGUUUCUUCUGCCGCUGGGUCCUCCGGUUCAUCAGCGACACCCCUGAAGAAGACCUGCGAGCCAAGAACAUUCCCUUCUCCGUGGGUAAUAUCGUGCGAGUCGUUUUCAACUAUUUACUGCUGCCUAUCGUGGCGCUGUCGACUUUUCAGCUGGUCGUUGCCAGUCAGUCGCGCGACUUCGCUGUGGCUUUGGCGGUCAUCACUCUCCUCAUCCUGGUCUGCUUUGCCGCAUGGCUCCUGUACUUGAUUUUCAGGACCAGACCGAGAGCUGUUCUGUUCGAUGACCUGCCGACUGUACUGCUCUACGGGCCACUCUACAACACAUACUCGGACGAGGCCGCGGCCUUCGCGCUCAUCCCAGUUACCCUCACAUUUAUUCGCGGCAUUGCGAUCGGCGCCGUACAGCCCGUUGGGAUAGUCCAAAUCGUUCUGCUCGCCAUCUGUGAGGUCAUUCACGUGCUGACCCUCCACGCGUUUCGUCCUUUCCAGUCCCCGACAUCCAUGAACGCCUAUCAUACCCUUUUCUCAGUUUUGCGAUUCACGACUGUCAUGCUCAUGGUCGCAUUCGUGCCGCAAAUGGGUGUUACCGAAGGUCCCAAGGGGUGGAUCGGCUACACAAUUCUGCUCAUUCACGCCUGUGUUUUGGUCCUCGGGUUCUUCCUGAACGCCCUGAUAACCAUCAUCGAAGUGACGGCACGACUCCUUGGCGCCGGGGGCGAUGACACGCGCGGUCUCACUCGCGGUGGUUUGUCAAAGAUAUUUGGCAUGCGCCAGUUGCAGCGUCGUACAUCUCGCAGAGGUCAUGGCCCCUCCCGGGCCAGUCAGCUGUCAACGACGGGCAUGCUCGAUGCAGACGAAACAUCAAAGACUGGGUAUGUGAUGCGUGGUGGCAGAUUAAGGAGCGAGUCCGCAGGUAGUGGGUUUCUCCUCCGAAGCCAACAACGCAGUUCUUCUGCUCUCGACAGCAUCGACCCCUAUACUGGGCAAGCUCGCAACCUUGACAGCGGUAGUAACUUUACACCAACGACGCCCGGUGAAGUUAGCACAUUUUCUUUCCUCCCGUCUCCCGCUGCCGCCACCCGCCCCCCCGCGGCUGUUACCGUCGAAUCUGCAGACCCUUAUUAUCGACCACCGAGACGCCGUGGCGAUACCCUGAACGGAUCAUCCACGUCUUUACCACACAGGGCCUCCGUUGCCGACUCCCGUCGCUACAGCCAAGCUGGCGCGCAUCUCGGAGAUGCUGUGGCGGACUUGGAGGCCCAGUUAUCGAGGGGGCCUACACCAGCCCCACAGGCUAUCAAUCUCACCCCGAGGGCAGACUACUCGACCAGAGAGGUCGAUUUCUAUUACGGUGUUCGAGGUCCCGCUCUCAACUCGGAGGGCGUAGGCCGUAAACUAAGGACUGGUCCCGCUGACCCGACUAAACCCAUGGCCACAGCUGCAGGGUGGUUCCGCACCAUGUUCGGUGGUAAGAGCAAGGAAAAGGGCAAGGGGUUCGAGGUGGUGCGAAGCUCGCGAAUGCCACCAGCCAUGCGCGCCGCAGCCGAUGCCGAGUACGACGCAGAGCCUCCGCCAGAGGGCAUCCCGGUGGCCAUGGGUGUCUUGAGAAACGGGCCCAUCGAGUCGGACGAUGACGAACCGAAAAACAAACCAGCGCGGAAGCAUCCCGACACGGAGGGGACGACGGAAAAUCUUCUAACUAAUGACGGUGUCUCGGUCAUAUCAUCCGAAUCGGAAACUGAGGAGAUAGGCCUACCGAAAGUGUCUGAUGAACCACCAACCUUGCCAGGAAUAGCGAGUUCGGGUAGCUUCAACCUGCCAAGCCGAACCCCUUCAAAGGCAAGUCGAUCUGCUUCUCAGAAGUACAGGCGCCAGUCCACGGAGUCCGAAAUUCCCGAGAUCCCUCGAAAGAGCUCGAAGAGAGAUUCUGGCAUGGCACGUGGACACUCGCCAGCCCCUUCGUUCAAUUUAAUACCGCCCACUUCGCCUAUAGAACCUUCACGCGGCGAAUAUUCUGGGGCAGAUUUGGCCCCUGCACAGGAUGGUCCUGCAUCAUCACCAAACCCUGGGCGACUUCCCUUUCAGCGGUCAGAAUCGCACCAGAAACGGCUGUCUUCUAAUGGGUCAUCGCUGGAAGAGUUCAACAUCCGCAGGACGCCGAGCACUGACAGGCCGACCAGUUAUGGCGUUGUUGCUCAACACAGCAUUAGCAGAGUGGAUCCUGGAUCCGACCAACAGGUUGAUCUCUUAGGGACUUCCGCAGAGCUCGUCGAUGAACGAGGGCUCCCCAGCAGAGCCUCUUCGGCAGGGGGCCGGGCUCUUUGAGCAAAUAUGACCCUUACCAAUGAAAACCCCCUCCUUUCAGUUACUUAGGGCCAUAGGAAAGGGCCUUUUCUAAUCUUGGUGCAUACGAUGUAUAGAGUCUCAACAAUGGAAUAACGGUACCGCGGUACCAAGCCUCUGAUCUUGGGGUUAAAGUGGAGUUUUGGGCUAUGAGGGGUAUUCUUUAUGUACGGGUGUUUAUUAGCGACGGCGUCUGACAAUGGGACCUGGCUGGUGAUAUCUGAUGGUCGCCUUUUUGUCGUUCUCGAGGGGGUUUCAUGGGUUUUGCGGAUAGCGCUGGUCGAUGAGGCCCAAACUUGUACCUAGUUAUGAAACUGGUUUUACAAAGUUACUGACUUCAAGGAGCAAAGCCUCAUUGCUGUAUGUACCGUUGGUGGCCGUCAAAAGACGAGUGCUUGAUACAGCGCCAUUCGUAGUUCGGGAGCACCGGACCGGACA